UUAACAUUUUGAUGUUAAAGAUUCCUCAAAUAUAGUAAAUAAACAGCUCAGUGCAGCAAGACGGGUAGAAUACAUGAAUACAUUUCAAAUAUAUGCCAAAGCAUUUUCUGACUUCUUAAGCGUUAACUAUUUUAAAAAUGCUUUAGCUUUUAGUUGACAUGAGGCAUAAUUAAUAACUGAAAUACAUCUGGGUAUUUAUCUCUCUAUGUGUGUGUGUGUGUGUGUGAUAGAGAGAGAGAGAGAGAGAGAGAGAGAGAGAGAGAGAGAUAGAGAGAGAUAUGGUCAUCAUGCUCCAACAUUUAGAAUUUACUCUUCCCUUUUUUUGGAGCCACAGUAGCAGUAAUUGUUUCUUGGAUGUUUAGAACAAAUAAUGUUUUAUGCAGGCUGAGUGGAACUAAAGAUCAAACAGUAGUUAGCCCUAAGCCAGUUUCAGUUUAGAGAUGUGCAAAUCCAUUAAAAAGAGUCUUUUGUAAAAUGGGAAUGGUGACGUCAAAUGAACUCUAUAAAAGUAUAAAGUCAUCAUUUAGGAGGACAACUCAGGAAAAGGCAAACAACUUUUCUUCCCCUCUCUUGAAUAUUUUCACUGGUGUGUCUUUGGCAUUAAGUUCAGCUGGCCUACAAGCCGGAUUGCCCCUGAGUUAUUUUAUUUGGUCACUUUAACCUAGCUGAGCUCACGAACUGACUACUUAUUGAGAUCUCUGUGUUGAUUUGUUGCGCAUAACAAUAUGUUGGACAUGCUUGAGUACAGUCAUUACCAGGUGCAGACUCAUUUGGAUAGCCUCAAUAAGUACCACCUCCAGCAGAGUCCAAGGCAGCAGGUGAAGCACUAUCUGCCUAGCACACUUGGGGCUAAGCUCAGCCCUCCAUUAAACAGUCAGCAUCCGGAGCACGGCAUGCCCCCCGGCCCCGGAGCCAGCGCCCCCAACAGCCCUAUGGCCCUUCUCACCCUCACCAACAACUGCGAGAAAGAGAUGGAUGACGUAAUUGAAGACAUUAUCAGUUUGGAGUCAAGUUAUAAUGAUGACAUCCUUGGAUUAAUGGAUGCAGGACUUCAAAUCCCAAAUACGAUCCCAGUUUCUGCAAAUCUACUUGACGUCUAUAGUAAUCAUGCACUUCCUCCAGCUGGAGUCACCAUUGGGAAUUCCUGCCCGUCUAGUUUACCUAAUGUGAAAAGGGAAUUCUCAGCUCCUGACAUGAUGCACGUGGACCAACCUGGACCAUGUGGCAAGUUUGACUCUUAUGAGAGGCCCGAAGGCCUUCCAGUAGAAGCAGAAGUCAGAGCUUUGGCAAAAGAGAGGCAAAAGAAGGACAACCACAACCUGAUUGAACGAAGACGGCGCUUUAACAUAAAUGACAGAAUUAAAGAACUUGGGACUUUAAUUCCCAAAUCUAAUGAUCCCGACAUGAGGUGGAAUAAAGGAACUAUUCUAAAGGCCUCAGUGGACUAUAUCAAGAAGCUACAGAGAGAGCAGCAGAGAGCAAAAGAGCUGGAGAGCAGACAGAAGAGACUGGAGCACACCAACAGACACCUCAUGCUUCGCAUUCAGGAGCUGGAGAUGCAGGCUCGUGCUCAUGGCCUGGCUGUAGGAGGCUCCUCAGCGCUCUGCUCCACUGAGUUGGUGGCCUGCGCCAUCAAAGAAGAACCCAUCAGCUACACAAGCUGCUCAUCCGACCUGUACACACGUUCACACCUCUCCAGCCCGGAUCAUUCUCGGCCCACCACUCUGGACCUCAACAAUGGCACUAUUAGCUACAGUGACAGCACCACAGAGGAGGCAGAGACAGAGCUCUAUGCAAGCCACAAAGAAUCAUCAGCCAAGCUAGACGACAUGUUUCUGGAGAACACUCUGUCACCAGUGGGCACCAGUAACCUGCUGCUCUCCUCAGGUUCCCCCACACACUCCAAUGACAGCAGCAGACGAAGCAGCACGAGCACAGAGGAACAGGACAAGGGCUGUUAGCACUGCUAAUGAACUUUUAACAACGCUUUAUGACCAUUAUUGUUUUUGUUGUUGGAUUGAUUGUACUGGCAAUACUGUGGUGUUGUCGGUCUAUACAAAAAAUAUAUUGUCU